CGCAAAAGUGUCGAUUGAGGCUUCGGUGUGGAACCCGUGGUCAGUUUCUCGCUGGCUGGGAGAGUAGCGAUCGCCAUGCGCCUUCAGUUAUGAACGCGCGCGCUGUAAUGUCGAUACUUCUGUCGUUGCUGGUUUUGCUGCCAUCGCCGUCCAUACAAGAUGACACUAGUUUAUGGCUCGGCGGUAGUCUGCUCUCUAAUCAAUACUCAGCAUCUGUGAAUUUGCCCUCCUUGCUUUCGGGCUCCUUGUCUGUGCCUUCCGUGACUGUGGCCUCGGUGGUGAACUUUCCUAAAUGGAAUAAGCGCAAUGAUUUUUCCGGAGCAGCGACUUAUAAUGAAAUGGUGGGUCAUGGAAAUGAAAGAGAACCGCCAAGUGAUAAAGGAACUCUUGAAUUAUCAAACAAAAAUCCUAUAGAAUCGAAUAGUAACCUUUUUUCGAACAAUGGAAACAAUGGGAACACAGAAAGGUUGACCGAAAAUGGAAUGUAUCCACAUACAAGUAACGAAAGAUUCUCUUACCAAACUGCUCCUAUAAAUGAGAAUACAGAUCGUUACGAUCCAGGUAAUCGCGUGCCGGCUCAAAACGAAAAACCACAAAAUCAUCAAAAAUGCAGGGAUGACGAGUUUCGCUGUGGAAGCAGCGAGUGUCUGCCGUAUAGUGUCAAAUGCAAUAAUAAAGUUGAUUGUCGCGAUGCAAGCGACGAGGCAUUUUGUAUUGCAGUCAGAAAUCAAGAGAACGGCUGCGUCUUACCUGAAAAGCCGGCAGGCGGACAUUAUGAGUUGGGAGAAUGCAGCAGUCCAUGUAAUAAACGUCCCGGCGACAUAGCUCCGAAAAACAGCAUUCUCACUUACAGCUGUAAAAACAAUUAUGUGCUGAGAGGAAACACCAUUUCCGUUUGCGUGAACAACGAGUGGUACAAGCCGCCCGCGUGUGUCAAAAUCUGCCCGGCGCUGAGCAGCACCAGCGUAGACAUUUCCUGCAGCUAUCAAGGAGAAGCGGUGUCCUGUAGCGAGCGUAUACUGCCUGGUACACGAGCCAGGCUGUCCUGUAAAUCAUCUUAUAAAUUACCUUUAACGAACGAUCCAGCUUACAGGGAGAUCACGUGUCUCGACGAUGGUUUAUGGGAUCGUCGCAUUUUUCGCUGUCUACCAGAAUGCGGCACAUCCAUCGCGAAUGGCAACACUCUAAUUGUGAAUGGAUUCGAGGCCAAAGUGGGAACGUUUCCUUGGCAUGUCGGUAUCUACAGGAAGAAACGCGACAAAGUGUACGAGCAAAUAUGCGCCGGUUCUCUCGUUAGUGACAGUCUCGUCAUAUCAGCGGCUCACUGUUUCUACGAUGAGGGCUCAAAUAAACUUAACGACGUGUCGAAUUACUCUGUGGCUGGCGGAAAGCAUUAUCGCGAUUGGGACACCGACGAGCAGUAUUGUCAGAAGUCGCCGGUGGAAGACAUCAAAUUGGGCGGCAGAUACUUGGGGUUCAGGGGUAACUUCGCCGAGGACAUAGCUCUGGUAAAGCUGAAGAAGCCCUUCGAGUUGACCGCGCUGGUGCGACCCAUCUGCAUGGAUUGGGAUAACGUGUACGAGAGGGAGCAGCUGCAAGAAGGACAAUCCGGCAAGGUGGCCGGCUGGGGUAAAAACAUCAAAGGUGAAUCCACCCAGACUCUGUACGAAAUUGACAUGCCGUACGUGCCGUACCAUCAGUGUUUGUCCGCGGUACCUAUGGAUUUCCGUGGAUUCAUCACGUCCGAUAAGUUCUGCGCCGGCCGCUUGAACGGUUCCAGUGUUUGCGAGGGAGAUAGCGGUGGCGGUCUUUGUUUCGAAAAGAAUGGCGUUUGGUAUCUUCGUGGUAUCGUCAGCGUGAGCCCGGCGAAGGGAAGCAGUUGCGAUUACAACUCGUACGUUGGAUUCACCCACAUCGGUCACUUUCGUGAUUGGAUUCGCGAGGCUUACGUCAGCGCGUGAACAUUUCGAAGGACGUGGCUUGUCCGAUACACGAAAUGUGUUGCCGGCAUCAUCGAGCUCGCAAUAACGCGAGACGUAUGGACGUGACGUAUGAACGUGGUAAUAACAGCGACAGAACUCUAAAAAUGGAUUGUACAUGUGUCUUUCGUAAAGUACUUCAACGAUAUACGAUCGAUAGAGACAUGCAAACGGAAAUGAAGAUGUCUGUGAUUGUAUUUACUUUUAUCUCACAGAUUAAAUAAAUAGUUAAGCUGAAUUAUCUUAUA